AUGCCCCAAACCUGGCUCGUAGUGGGCGCCUCCCGUGGCAUCGGCCUCGAAUUCACAACCCAACUGCUCUUGCGCGGCGAAACCGUCAUCGCAACGAAACGCAGCGCCUCGGAAUCCCUCGACGCCCUUCUCGAGACCCCAAACGGGAAGAAGAACCUAACGGUCUUGCGAUGCGAGGUUAGGUACGAGACGAGUAUCAAGAAUUUUGCGCUCGAGGUGGGGAAGCUGGGUGAGGAGGGUGGUGUUUUGGAGGGUGGGGUUAUUGAUUAUGUGGUGAUUAAUGCGGGCGUUUUGCAGUAUCCGAAUAGGAUUUCUGAUGUCUCCUUCACAUCAUUCACACACCACCUAACAACCAACACAAUCGGCCCCCUCCAGACAGCCAGCACCCUGCUCUCCCUCCCGCUCCACAUAAAAACCCUGAUCUUCAUAUCCUCCGACUCCGGCUCCGCGCAAGCCUUCCUAUCGCACGAAGACGGUUUCGGGGCCUACGCUGCAUCAAAAGCAGCUCUGAACCAAGGUCUCCGACACCUGUCGUUCGAAAUGCAUCGCAAGUAUGUGGCGUCGAAGAGUUUGAAUGAGAGUGGAGGUGGAGGUAAGAGUGGGAGCGCAAAGGGAAAAACUGUGGUAUUGGCGUUACAUCCGGGUGAGGUGAGUACGGAUAUGGUGGCGGAUAUCAACUUGGGAUGGGAGGUUAAGGGCGUGAUUGGGGUGCGUGAGAGUGUAAGCGGGUGUUUGGGGGUAAUUGGGGAGAAGGGGUUUGGGGGCGUUGAUGAGGGGGGAUGGAGUAGUGUGGAGGAGGGGAGGGAGGAUGAGGAGGGUGCGGCGACGUUUUGGACGUGGGAUGGGAGGAGGUAUCCUUGGUAG